UGGUGCGGUCGAGACAUGACUGGAGACAUGGCCGCUCUCUGUCUCUUCGACGUGGAUGGGACCCUGACUGCCCCGCGGCAGAAAAUUACAAAAGAAAUGGAUGGCUUUCUACAAAAAUUGAGGCAGAAGACCAAAAUUGGAGUGGUAGGUGGGUCAGAUUUUGAGAAAUUGCAAGAGCAACUGGGAAAUGAUGUGGUUGAGAAAUACGAUUAUGUGUUUCCAGAGAAUGGCUUGGUAGCGUACAAAGAUGGGAAGCUAUUGUGUAAGCAGAAUAUUCAAGGGCACCUGGGGGAGGAUGUGAUCCAAGACCUGAUCAACUACUGUCUGAGCUACAUUGCAAAAAUUAAACUCCCUAAGAAAAGGGGAACUUUCAUUGAGUUCCGAAAUGGCAUGUUGAAUGUGUCCCCUAUUGGAAGAAGCUGCAGUCAAGAAGAACGAAUUGAAUUCUACGAACUCGAUAAAAAAGAACAAAUACGACAAAAGUUUGUAGCAGACCUGAGGAAGGAAUUUGCAGGGAAAGGCCUCACAUUCUCCAUAGGUGGCCAAAUCAGCUUUGAUGUCUUUCCUGAAGGAUGGGACAAGCGGUAUUGCCUGAGACACCUGGAACAUGCUGGCUAUAAGACCAUUUAUUUCUUUGGAGACAAGACUAUGCCGGGUGGCAAUGACCAUGAGAUCUUCACAGACCCCAGAACCGUGGGCUACACAGUGACGGCACCCGAAGACACAUGCAGGAUCUGUGAGGAGCUCUUCCCCUAACACCAGAGGAAUGCAGUCCUGACCAACAACACUGAAAGGGGCAUCUGAUGAUGAAAAAGAGACCAGCCAUCCAGAGUUACCCAUCGGGGAUAGAACUGAAGACUUCUGGGAUAUGCUCCGUCUGCAAUCUGUGGUGGAGGCUGAAGCAUGAAGUAACGCCACUGUUCUGCCAAAGGGUUAAUGUUUCUGUUUUCAAGCCAGCUUCCCAUCUGUGAGGCGCAGACCAGAGUGUGGCCUGCCUGAGAGAUGGCUGGCCAAGUGACAACUGAUCCCACAGUUUGCACCUGCGUUGGCCUGGCUGGCCAUCUCUAUUUGCUAUAUCUUAAAGCCAGACUGCUUUCCUGUCACCGUGGGAGGGGAGGACAGAGGACCCAGCAAAGCACCUCAUCUGAAGUCCUCUUUAACCCCCAAGCUGACCACCCUAGGUAGCAGACCCAGUUCCUAAGGCCACAGCAGCAGGGGCGCUCGCUCUCCAGCCCCUCCAGCAGCUCGGGGACAGCCUUCCAAGAACACUGCCCAGGCAGCUUUCCAGUGCCCAGCCACCAGGUGUCUCCACACCCUACCCUUGGCUGCCCCCACUGGCACCUGGUGCUGGCCCCUUCACCUCUGUCCACCCCCACAGCAGAAUGCCAGGUCCCCUUGGGUUUUAUGGCAGCGCUUCUCAGUCUGGUUACUUUAAUCCUCAGUGUCAAAUAGGUGUCUACCCCAAGUUGGCAGGGAACUUAGGUUCAGAGAGCUGCUCUCCCCGCUCCGCUCCAUUAAUGUUGGAGCCCCUAGCUGUCCUGGCUGUAGCAGUUUCCAGCCAACCCAGAGCCUGUGUUCUACCUGCAGGUCCAGUGCCUCCCACUGUGCCAGGUGGACUGCAGGCCUUGCCAGUUCCUACAGUGGCUGUCACAGACACCCUCACCCCCACCCCACUGUCUUCAUUCAACUCUCCCACCUAAUAAAGGGCCUCUGCUCUCUAGGCAAUACAUGAUCGUGGCCAAGUCAUACAUGUAU